AGACCACUAUUUGAAGCGCCAAAUUCAGUUUUAGUUUAUCGUCUCUCUGUGACCGUUGUCCCCUUCUCACUCCCUGAAAAUGCGAACUCGAUUUCUCCACAUUGAUUACUUUGCUUCCGAAACCCAUUCCUUCCACUCUCUCCCUGUCCCUCACCUCAUUUCCAUCCCAUUUUCUACCCUCUCCGACCUCCUUCACUUCCAUUUUCUCCCUCAAUUCUCUCUCCCAAUCCAUAACUUAUCUAUCCAUUCUUCUGCUCUCGCCAAGUUCUUUGACCACGUUCUUCCUCGCACAAUCCACGACGAUGUUCACCAUGCUUCUGAUCCGUCUUCGAGACUCCAAGGGAUUUUCUCUUCCGAAUCUGUUCAAACUCGAUUUCUGGAGGAAGAAGCCAAGGGUACUUACGAAGAAAAUAUGGAGGGGGACUGGAAGAAUUUUGGUUCCGAAACUUCAGAGAUUGAAUUCGUAAAAAAGGAUACUGGGGCUGAUGCAAAGAAUAGAAACCUUGCAUAUGAUGUGAUCCAAUUUGAAACACCUCAGCUUGAUGCAUACUUGGAAAAUGCCUUAUUGUUUGAGAAGGAGGAGGCACAAGUCCUUACAGUAUUGUCAGAGGCUGAGUUUGAUCUUGAGACACUGAAUCUAGGGCUUCUUAAAUACCCUUCCGAGGUCAAAGAAUCAGUUUAUGCUGUUGAAUGCAUUAUCUCAGAAUAUCUCUUGGACCAAAGAUCUUGCUUGUUUGAAGACGAUUUUUCUCAGGACAGGAGGCUAUUGGAUCAAUCGACCUUUCCCUUCUUAGAAGUAGACGAGAUAGUUCUUGAAACUUUGGCAUUAUUAUCCUUGCAGGAUGAAAUUUUUUUUAUUCUUGAUAAUACUGAACCUGACCGGAUACAAGAUGUUAGUUUACUUGUCAGCAAUGAAGAAUAUUUGUGCUCCAUGAAGUGUGACAUUGAGGAGUUUCUUUCAGAUCAUAUUUUGGACCCAUGUGAAGUUUCUGAGAUCGUAUCCUCUGAUAUUUUUGGAGGAUCAGAGCCAAUGAGCUUGAUAGAAACUUUGGAAAUUCCAGGAAGCUCUGCAAUUCAAACAAAAUCAACUUUCGAUUUUCCUAUAGGACCUGCUAGUUUUGAGGAAUUCCAGCUGCUGGACGUAUCCAUGGAUCAACCUUUUGGAGUCUUCUUUGAUUUGGAACUAUCAUUCUUGUCAGAAAUCAGUGACUGUAUAUCCAUUGAAAGCACGGAUUUCAAGAAUUUCAAUGAAUUGAUUGUUUGUCAUGAACUUGCUCUUGUAGAUGACACAUUUAAGUCAUUACCUGUACCUAUCUUAUCUAGUCAGGGAUCUGAAAGACCCCUGCUUGCCUUCAUAGAGGAUGCUUUAGCAAACCUCAAUGUACAAUCAUUAUCUGCAUCUGAUGACAUAUAUUUGGAUUGGUAUCUAUUGGAGGAAAAUAGCUGCAGCUCUGGAAUUUAUUUGUCGUAUCAUAAUAUGUUGGAAGAAAUUAAUCUGAAACCCAUGGAAUUUGAUCAGGAACCUUUUGAAAAUGAUAGUACAUUUUAUAUAUAUGUUUUCUCAGACGAAGACUUAGUCAGAGAAACAACAGAAGACAAGGGUGAAUUGAAGGAGUCUUUUCCUAAUGGUAUUUCCAUGCUUCCUAGUCAAACUUUUAUUGUUGAUUCAAGCAAAUUAUUGAACGACAGAUGUCAAAGGCAAGAUAUUGCAGCUGUUGGAAAUACUGCAAAGACUUCAUCGUCAUGGAAAUCAAAAUCAGAGUCCAGUGAUCCCGACUUUUUCUUGAAUUUUCAGAAGCCUGUUGGUAUGGGAAAGAGUGAAUCUGUAUUUAGUACAACAAACACCAAUACGAUGCUCCCCAGGGUUCCAUGUGAUGGAAAAUUGACUAACAAGCCUCUUAUCUCCAGUACCGAUGGUAGUUCGAAACAAUUGAAUGUGGAAGUACAUCAAGUUUUUCUGUCUGAUAACAUUUUACAUCUCAUCAACAACUCUGAGAAAACUUAUCUAGCUAUCUUGCAAAAUGAGACAGGGCUGAGGAAGACAUAUCUUCCAUAUGUAGCUGAUGAUUAUUCUUUAAUGCUCAGUCUUCCGAAACAGAAGUUGAUAGACUGUAUUGAAAAAAUAUACUUGCGAGGAUCAAGUACCUACUGGGAAGAAAAAAUAAUGACAUUAGCCAUGUUAUAUGCCAUUAAACAGAUAGGUUGGUAUUUGUGUUUCUACGGUAUCUACCCAGCUCAUCUAUAUCUAAAGAAGUUAUGUCAGAGCCUGGAGUGUUUACAAUCGAGGUUGGGUUUCUUGGCGUCCUUGAUUGAGGAGGCAGGAAAUUCGGUUGACAGAGAAAUUACCUCAUCACAUCCGGCACUUACUACUAUCCAGGAUAUCUUAUGCUCAAAGACUUCGACUAGUACUCUCAAAGUUCUGAUUGUAGCAAACCAAAUUUUCUGGUGGUCAUUGAAAAAAUUGCUCAGAUCCUUGGGAUUGUCUUUUGAAGAGCUAAAUUACGGGAGUCCUACUAAUGAUCAAGUGUCUAAUGCAACCAUUACGGUGGAUGGCCUUGUUUCCACUUGUUUGUUGGUAUCCCAAGAGUACGUAUCUGGGAGUUUUCCAUUCAACAAAUUUCGCAUUAUCUUGGAAUAUGGAGGUCCCGAUGGCUCUUCUCAGAUCUCCACUUAUUUUUCAAAUUUAAUUGACAUGCCUCAUCUACAUUUUGUAAUGUUAGAGCUGGACAAUUGUGGAAAUUCUAAAGCAUUUUGUGAAGGUGUUGAUCUGCCUCAACAUAAUGAACUGACAAUCGAAGAGAAGUCUUUGGUGGAGAAUCAAGCCAGGUUGUUAAAGAAAUUGUUGAACUUUUUACCUGUUGAGGAAAAACACACAUUGGCAUCUCCAGAGGCAACAAUUGAAGCGGAUGAUUGCAGAGUGCCUCUACGAGUGCCAGCAGGAUCAGUCUUAGAGAAACCUCAACAUAUCGACCUCAUGUCAUUUCCUGAAGCAAUUACUAUUGUUAACACUCAGAAAUUUGAAAAGGAAAUGAUUGUAUGUAGGAGAAGUUCGUAUCAAAGAAUUCUUGCAUUGGAGAAAGAAGGUGUCCAGGUCGUGGAACGUGACAUGAGUUUGCCUGUGGAUCUAAUAAUUACUUCUGGGAUUUGCUUAAUGUGGUAUGACUGCACAAAUAUUAUCAAGAAAGCCAGUACAUCAAAUGAAGCUUCUUUGUGCUUGAAUUUAUGCAUAGAGAAUAUUGCAACAGAUCUUUUGACAUCUCUAAGUUUAGCUUUUCAGGGUUGCGUUCUGGUCUUUGAGGGAGAAAUCAAUUUCCUUUCCAUUGUAAUGGAAUCAUCAGAUGGACUGUAUGCUGCAGCAGCAAGUUUGGAAAUUGAUUUUCAGCUCUUCUGUUCCUAUUCAUCUGAGUUGACAGAUGAAAUUAUCCUGGGCUGCAUUCAAAAUGUUUCUAAGUUCACGACUAGGCGCCUAUACCCCAAGAUGUCUGAAUCAGAAACUCUUGCAGAGUCAUUUCUUACGAGUUUCCCUUCAAUUAAUCCUUUGACAGCUCAUGGGAUACUUUCUUCAGAAAGCAUUCUUGCUGACUUUCUAGAGUGGCCACAUGAGCGCAGGCUCCAAGCAAUUAGAAAAUAUUGUAUUCCUGAUGAAAGUGUCUAUCUAUUUAGUGCUCUGUGCAAAUAUGGUGAGCGGGAGGAUUCAAAAUCAGUGAUGACAGACUGCUCCUCUUCGGUAUCUUCUGGUCCUGAUUCAGAAAUUUGUCACUUUAAUGGUAAUUCUGAUAGAAAGAGGAGAAACUUUACUGGUGGUACACAAUACAUUAAUGAAAAUAUGGAGUUUUUGAGUUCCUAUAGGCUGAAACCGUUUACUGCAGACACUCCAGAAACUUUAGCAGCAGCAUCCAAGUCGUUUUGUUCUCAAAUGUUUGAAGAUCCCGAAAUCCUUGGUGAUCUCAAAGGGUUAUCUUCAUCUGUAAAUAAUUUGUUUAAUCAAAACCAUAAUUUAGAGCCUUUUGAUGCAACUAUAUCAAUGGAUCCUACCAGGGUGUGUAAGCCACGUGAUUCUUGGAUCUCUACUGCUCCUGAAAUCUCCGAUGAGAUUAGAGGGCGUUGCUCAUCAUUUGUUCAAAAUCAAGGACUAGACCGAAAUAAAAAAAAAGUACAGAGCUACCAUAAUAUGAAUACAUCUGAGAAUCAGCCUGAGGAGCUUAUUGAUGAAGUAGUUAACCUGGCUGAUAACGCUAUAUUAAAAGAUCACUUUCCAACUAUGGCUCCUUUGAAUUUCUUGCCUUCGAUGCAUGAUAAUGAAAAAGAUUCAUCAAGAAAGUUCAAAAUUCAAAGACGAUUGUCUUAUGGACAAAGUGAUGACCCAUUCUGUGCAGGCGAUGUUGGGAACAACUCAAGUUCAGAUUUUUGGAGUUCUAUCAAUUUGCAUGGGCGGAGUUUGCCAGGAUUGGACAGUCAUUUUCCUGAUCCUAGUUUUGAACCCAUUAUUAUGCCUCUUCAGUACAAGGAUCACCACUCAGAUGAUCGUUUAGUACAAACUCCUGUAAAAGAUUCAAAAUUAUUAUUUUCACUCGCACAGAAAGGUACAUCACAUUCUGAUGUAACCCCAUUGUCCAAUGCCCUCCGUUCAAAAAAUCUUCAAGAAAGUUCACCUUGGACUAUGGAAUUUCUUAACCGAAUUAGGGAAAAAAGUAAAAAUCGUCGGAAUUUUGUUCCACGUUGCUCCUCUUCACCUUUUCCUGAGAAUUUGAGUAAUGUAAAAAAAACUGUCAAAAGAAGCUCCUCCAUUCUUGAAUUUUUCAAGUACCAAGGGGGCAGCACUCUGAAGAAACCGGAUCAAAAGAGGCAGAAACAAUCAUUGCAAUCAUCAAAUUCGUCCAAGAAUGUAUUAUCAGCUCCAAGUAGUGAACUUUCUUCAUGGACGCCUAUUGAUAAAAGAUCAAGACAGACUUUAUCUUUUGCAACUGAUGGCAACGGGAGCCAAACUAAGCUUGUCUGGUGCAAUGACAAUUAUGGUUUAGGAAAAAGCUCGAAGAAACUUGGUAAUAAAUGAUGCAAUGGAACACUGUAUCUGGCAAACUAACAGGUCAUUCUUAAAAUCUUUAUUUUUUAAUCUCAUAUCUUUGAAACUAUAAAUACCAAUAGUUAUGCUUAAUGCGUAGAUUUUCGUUAGUGGACUAUUCUAGUACAAAUGUAUGAUUGAUGCUGCAACUUCACUGCAAAACCGAUGUUCUUGAUAUUUCACUAGUAAGUUUUAUUGAAGCUACAACUACAUCUAGCAUUGAAUGA